AUCUGCCAGCUGCUUUCACACACCGGCACUUGGAAAAGAAGAGUCACAGUUGACAAAGGUCUUGAAAGUGAAAACAUAUGGACUCCAGAGUUGUCAUCAAAGCUUCCAGCUUCCUUAUCCUGACAAUCAUCAGCAUUCCAGCCAACUUGCUUAUCUGCUAUGCCUUCUUGCACAGCUACCUGAUCGAGGCCAAGCUCCUAACAGCUGACAUCAUUCUUUGCCAUCUGGCCUUUGCCAACCUCAUGGUAGCAUUCACUCGUAGUAUCCCACAGACCCUGGCCGCCCUGGGCUAUCUGAACAUCUUUGAUGAUUUUGGCUGUAAAGUUUCUCUUCUCUGCUUUCGUGCCUUCCGUGGUCUCUCCAUUAGCCUCACUUGUCUGCUUUGUGUCUACCAGGCAGUACUCAUCUCACCUGCCACCUCCCUUCUUGCUCCACUGAAGAUGAGAUUCCCCCAGUUUCUGCUGUACAUCAUUGUGUUUCUGUACCUAUUCUACUACUUCACAAGUGUCUCAGCAAUCCUUUAUGCUGUCUCCAACCUCUUUAACAACACCAUUCCUCCAUACACGUUGAAUUUAGAGUACUGCUUUGUCUUAUGCAGGGAAUAUUCUUCAUAUAUCUCUAUAGGUUUUGGAGUUAUGUCCAGAGACCUUGUGUUUAUAAUUCUAAUGACCAUCAUGAGUGGCUACAUCCUAAGACUUCUAUACAAUCAUGGUCAAAAGGUAAAGAAUAUCCGCAGUUCAGACAACAGCCAAAAGGGAGAGAGAGCAGAGACCAAAGCUUCCAGAGCGGUGGUCACCUUAGUCAUCCUGUAUGUUGUCUUCUUUGGUAUUGACAACAUUAUCUGGCUGUACUCCAUGACCAUUGUGAGGGUGGCACCUCUCGUUUCUGACAUCAGGGUCUUUUUUGCAACCCUUUAUACUUCAGCAUGUCCCAUUGUGGUAAUUUUAACGAAUCCAAAAGUCCAAAGAAAAUUAAAAGUGGUCAAGAUGAAGAAAGCAGUCCAGUCCACAAAGAGCAGUACACGUACAAAGUGAACAAUCAUCAUUUCAUUCACUGUCCCAAGAGAAGAUGAUGUGAAUAUUUACAAGAAAAUAAAUUGUUUAAAUUAACUAAUGUAUUUAAAUAGGUAUUGUUUAUUAAGCUGACAUUUUCAUUAUAAAUGAAUGACAAAUCAAAUUAAAUGGAUUUCAGAUUUUGUCAUUUGAAGACCUGAUGGGUCAUUCAGAGACAUACAGCGAGUCUAGCAGCUUUACACUUUUCAAAGCAACCCUGAUCUACUCUACCAUUACUGAUAUAUUAUGAAAUACUAUUAGCAUUUUUAGCAAGUCCAGAAACCUUACAUUUAAUAAGUGAGAUGCAUGAGUGGAUGCUUUUAUAGAGCCUUUGAAAAAAUAUUUGCAGUUGUUAUUCUCUAUAAGUCCUUAUUUAGGUUCUGAUUUCAUUGAAAGCAAACAAGGCACUAUGACAAAAGGAACUUUGAUGAUAAGAAACACUGCAACACUUGUUAUCUAUGUGCCAUAAUAUCAGAACAUUUUAGAUUUUCUCAAUAAAUUCAAGCCCUUAAUAAGUAACUGUGUCCUAAUUA